AUGGAUGACUGUGCUACGGAAGAAAAUGACAAGGUCGAAUUUCAUGUAUCCUUAUUACCACAUGAUCUAUUUACAACAAUUUAUGAUAUAACUCGAGCAAUAUUUCGUCAUUUACCAAUUCGUUCAGUUGAUUCAUGUUCAUUAGUUUGUCAAUCAUGGACAAAUAUAUCUCGUUUAACUAAAUCUCAUCGUCAUACAAUUCAUGCUUUAACAUAUCCUUCAAAUCCAUUAUCAACAACAACAACAUGUUCUAAUCUUUUACAUGAUUUUGAUCAAUUUAUAUCAUUAUAUAUAAAUAAUCAUCUUUGGUCAAUACCAACAUUUGCUUUAGUUGUAUCAACAAAUAUUUUAGCAAGUAAAGGUUUUUAUUCGUCAGCUAAUUCUCCACCACCAAUAAAACAUCCACGACGAGUUCAUUCUGAAACAGGAAAUUUAACACGAAUUACUGAACGUUUUGAUAUAUCACAAGCACUUACAAGACAUUUAAAUAAAUCAUGUAAACUUUUAAUGAUAGCCGCUGAUGGAAUUAUUGCAUCAACAGAGAAUAAUCAAUCGAAUGAAAUUGAAUCAAAUGAUGCUAUUGGUAUUUUAUUUCUUCCACAUUUUCCUCCUGAUGUUCUUGGAAUAUAUCCAUUUGAAAUUCCAUCAACUGCUCAAAUAUCAUCUGAUAUGUCACGUUCAGAAUUACAUCGUUUUCUUGGCUCCGUACCUGAUGAUGUCCAAAUACGAUGUGUUAUAUUUUUUUUUGUAACACGUCAAUCAUAUGCUGUUGAUUGUAUUAAAAAAUUACUUGAAUAUUAUCCAUCACAAAUAGCUAUUAUUGGAGGUUUUGUUGAUAAAAUAAAUUAUGAUGAUAGACAAAUCCAUACAACAAGAACAUUAUAUGAUGCAUGUGGAAUUGUUAUAACAGGUGAUAAAAAACGUUUACAUAUUGGAGAAAUUUUAUUAGAAAAUCAUAUACGUACACGUGAACAAAUAAGAAAUAAAUUAAAUGAAUUAAAAUAUUUAGAUAAUAAUCAUUGUUUAUCAUUUGCUAUACAAAUAAGUUGUAUUGCACGUGGUUCAAAUUAUUAUAAUGAUGAAGAAAAUGUUGAAUGUUCAGAAUUUCGAAAAUUAUUUCCAAAUACACCAUUAAUUGGAGUUUUUACUAAUGGUGAACUUGGUCAUGAUUAUUUACCUAAUUAUAAUCAAACAAUAACAAAACAACAAACAGGAAAAAAUUUAUUUCGUGGUUUUUCAACUGUAUUUUCAUUGAUCUCAUUACAUAUGUGA